GUGUGCAUAUGAGGCUUAUCUGGCCCAAGAAGAGGGUAAAACCAUUCUGAUCGCCCACUCCUCCCAUUUCCCGCAGAUCCUGGCAGCUCUACGCUGGAUCGUCUUGGCUGCCUUUGUGGGUGCAGCCUUAGGCCUUGCCUCCACCUUGCGCGGCGUGGGGGGGCCUUAUGGUGGUGCGGUGCUGGCCCUUUCGCUCAUGGCCUUUAGCCUGGUGAUACAGGAUGAAACGUUUCGAAGGCUCAUGCAUUUGGUGGGCCAAAUGUUGUGCUGGAUUGAGGUGACACAUAGGGCUGGUUGGGUCUUCAAGGCUGAGGAAGAAGGUGGCGCCUCUCUUUCAAUGGACUAUGUGUUGCAUGUGUGCUACUGGCUGAAUAUCUCGUUCGCCUUCUGCUUUAUGGAGGUGGAUCGAAUCCAGGCGAGGUCCACUGUGUUGGAAGCAAAGGAGCUUCAACACGGAUACCGAGGUUCAAUUGAGUAUGCGACAUGUUCGCAAGAAACAGAUGAAACAAGCAUCCGCAAAGAGAUUGCCGACCAAGUAGAUCGUGUUGAUCAUGCCAUUCACGUCUUGCUCACUGCCGGCAUGUCAACCCCAUUACUGAGAGAUAUCGCGCGCAUGGUAUCAAUUGAACAUGCGGCAUUUUCAGAGGUCACGGCGGCUGUGUUCUUGCUUGGCCCUGUGGCCAUCGCAGGCUUCGCAGUGGUAUUAUUCCAACACGGAGUGAUGGCAAGUGAGCCUGCUUACCGCGCCACUCUGGUGGGUAUAUCUCUGCUUUCAAGGUUGAUUCUGGUGCUUUUGCUCUGUCGAAGUCACUGGGACGAGCAACGCUACAUUCUGAAAAUCAUGAGCAAGCUUCUAGCAAUGUAUUUCUGGCUGUAUAUGAUCGUGGUGGUGUUUGCCCUUAUUCUUCGCGACUUGAACAUGAAUAGUGCAGCUCUUCUUUGGCUUCUUGUUGGAGAUAUCUGUUCGGUGUCUAUACUGUCGUUUGCGAUCCCAGGGGUGAGAGGCCUUGCAAAUCUCCCUCUUGGUCUGAAAGUCCUGCGGCUUUUCUUCAGCAGAGGGAGCAACGCAGUUGAUGCUAUAUCUGUAUGCGUCCGGUGUGAACCGAACAUGUCCAUUGAGUCUGAUGCUGACUCCGAUGGCAGCGGGGACUAG